GCGGAGGAAGCGGCGGUACGCUGGACAGAGCCGCGGCGACGCGCAGAACGCGCCCGGGAGCCGCUCCGGAGCGCCCCGACGAGCAGAACUGAGACGUGAGGCUCCAUAAAGUGUCCCUGAGUGACUUCAAUUUCUGUCCUCAACAAAAGAUAUCAAAAGAAAUGCAGGAAUGCCUGUCCUAGAAAAAAAUAUGCAGAAGAAAGAGAAAGAUACGUGCAGUAAAGAUGAGACAGCAGUGCCAAAACUUCCAGUCCCACCACUGCAGCAGACCUUAAGCAUGUACCUACAAUGCAUGAAACACUUGGUGCCAGAGGAGCAAUUUAGAAAGACCAAGGUCAUUGUGGAGCAGUUUGGAAGUGCAGGAGGUCUGGGAGAAUCCUUGCAGCAAAUCCUCGAGGAAAGAAGGGAGAAGACAACAAACUGGGUGUUUAACUACUGGCUGGAUGACAUGUACCUCAACAACCGGCUAGCUCUUCCAGUCAAUUCCAGCCCAGCAAUUAUCUUUGCUCGUCAGUAUUUCAAGGAUGUAAAUGACCAGCUGAGGUUUGCCGCCAAUCUCAUUUCAGGAGUACAAGACUAUAAAGCUUUACUGGACACCCAUGCUUUACCUGUUGAUUUUGGUCAUGGACAGCUCUCUGGUCAUCCCCUCUGUAUGAAGCAAUACUAUGGACUCUUUUCUUCCUAUCGUCUUCCAGGACAUACCAAAGAUACCCUUGUGGCCCAGAAAAGCAGUGUAAUGCCAGAACCAGAGCACAUCAUUGUUGCUUGUAACAAUCAGUUUUUUGUUCUGGAUGUUGUCAUUAAUUUCCGUCGUCUCAGUGAGGGGGAUCUUUUCACUCAGUUACGAAAGAUAGCCAAAAUGGCAGAGAAUGAAGAGGAGAUGCUGCCUCCAAUUGGCCUGCUGACAACAGAUGGAAGAACAGAGUGGGCAGAGGCCAGGACAAUCCUUAUGAAAGACUCUACUAACCGCGACUCUCUUGACAUGAUUGAACGAUGCAUAUGCCUGGUGUGCCUGGACAGCCCGAGUGGGGUGGAACUCAAUGAUACAAACAUGGCAUUGCAACUGCUACAUGGGGGAGGCUACCAUAAAAACGGGGCCAAUCGCUGGUAUGACAAGCCUAUGCAGCUUGUGGUAGGAAGAGAUGGAGUCUGUGGUACCGUGUGCGAACAUUCCCCUUUUGAUGGCAUCGUACUGGUGCAGUGCACUGAACACUUGCUCAAGCACAUGAAAGAAAGCUCCAAAAAAUUAGUCCGAGCAGAUUCAGUGAGCGAGCUUCCCGCUCCACGAAGACUAAGAUGGAAAUGUUCCCCUGAGAUUCAGACACAUUUGGCAUCAUCAGCAGAAAAACUCCAAAGGAUAGUAAAAAAUCUGGACUUUAUCGCCUACAAGUUUGAGAACUAUGGAAAGGAAUAUAUUAAGAAACAAAAGAUUAGCCCAGAUGCCUACAUUCAAGUAGCGCUUCAGCUGGCAUUUUACAGAUGCCACAGGAGACUAGUCCCUACCUACGAAAGUGCUUCCAUACGCCGAUUUGAUGAGGGCAGAGUCGACAAUAUUAGGUCUGCUACCUCGGAAGCAUUUGCUUUUGUAAAAGCAAUGACUGAUGACAAGACAGCUCUGUCGGAUUCUGAGAAGAUGCAGAGAUUUAAGGAUGCAAUUGCAGCUCAGACUAAUUACACUAUUCUGGCUAUUACUGGAAUGGCAAUAGACAAUCACCUGCUAGGGCUGAGAGAGGUGGCACGGGAACACUUCAAGGAACUGCCAGAGAUAUUUACAGAUGAGACAUAUUUGACAAGCAAUCGAUUCAUCCUCUCAACCAGUCAGGUUCCAACUACUACAGAAAUGUUCUGCUGCUAUGGGCCUGUGGUGCCCAACGGUUACGGGGCUUGUUAUAACCCUCAGCCAGAGCAUAUAUUAUUCUGCAUCUCAAGCUUUAAAGACUGUAAAGAAACCUCCUCAGACAUGUUUGCAAAAGCUGUGGAAGAAAGUCUCCUUGCAAUAAGAGAUCUGUGCAACAAAUGCAAUUCUACUACGGUAAAGCCACUUGCUAAACAAGAAGCAGCCACACAGCUGCAGAGUGACCGCAAACUCUAAGGAGGUUGUGGGAAUUAUUCUCCUGAAUCCAGCUGGU